UCUUUUCGCGGACAGCGAAGUAGGUCAGUAGACGCCUCUUGUUGAAUGCCUUUCCCGUCUUUUACCCUCGUGUUCCGUAGUCCGACUGAAUUGACUUCCUUGUUUCUGGAAGGGUUUCUGUAAUCGCAUCUGUCUACCCAAAUGACCCUCUGCUUCGCGAGCUUGCAGAAUGCUCUAGAAAACUGCGUCUGAGACGGCUCAGAGGCGGCGCUCGAUGGGGGCUGUUCACCGUCUGAGUCCAGCACAACGACAAAAGCCUUUCGUUUGUUUUUAGGACAGUCUCCCACGUUUUUCUCUGCGUCUCCAACUGCGAUUUUUCGCCGACGAGUCCACGGUUCCCGUGCCUCAAGUAGCGUCUCGCACCGAGACACUGUUCGAGCGACAGCGGCUCCCAUCCCUUUCCGCGCUAGCUUCCCAUGCUUCCGUGCCACUGUCUGGCUUUUCUUGUUCACACGGGAAAAUAAGUUCAAGAGCAGUCUUCGCUGACGCAGACAUUUCCUGGACUCCGAAACGAACACCCUCGUCUGCGAAACAAUAUCUACUUUCAAUGGUCUGGCCAUGACCUUCCGUGCUUCACGCCGGCGUUGUCCGGAAAAUGUGGUAACUUCUUUUGGACGUUUUCCCCCUGCGUCUAGUUGUCCCACUCCAAAUCACUCAAAAUGUCAAAGAAAAAGGUCGGCGUUUACAUUCUGGAUGAGCGGAUCGGCCGUGGCUCCUUCGCAGCCGUGUGGAAGGGUCACAUCGAGCAAACGAAAGAGAUCGUGGCCGUGAAAGUGAUCUCCCGUCACACAGUUCACGAAGCUACGCAACUGAACCAGGAAGUCGCUGUCCUCAAACAGCUCCAACACCCGAACAUUGUACGAUUUAUUGAUUUGAAGAAGAGCCAGUUCCACUACUACCUCGUUCUCGAGUUCUGUCCGGGCGGCGACGUGUCCAGUUUGCUGCACCGGCACGGGGGAAGGAUCGCAGAGGCGUUUGCGCGUCGACUGCUGCAGCAGAUGGCGGCGGGGCUUUUGGAGAUUCACCGGAGAAGCUAUAUCCACCGGGACUUGAAGCCGCAGAAUUUGCUGCUCUCCUCGGCUUCGCAUGCAGCGACUCUGAAAAUCGCAGACUUUGGUUUCGCCCGCUCCCUCCAACCCUGGGAUCUCGCGGCCACGAUUUGCGGCUCCCCGCUGUACAUGGCGCCUGAGAUUCUCCAGCACCAGUACUACGACGCGAAGGCGGAUUUGUGGUCAGUGGGAGCGAUUUUCUUCGAAAUGCUUCACGGCCGGCCACCCUUCUCUGGACAGAAUCCCCUGCAGCUCCUGAAGAACAUCGAGCGAACUGCUGCAGCUGGACCCGCCUUCUCAGACGCCGUGCCGCUCAGCCCCAGCUGCCAGGACUUGCUGCGGAAACUUCUCCGCGCGAAUCCUGCCGAGCGCAUGAGCCCCGAAGACUUCUUUUCUCAUCCGUACGUCGUUGGAGAGACUCUCCGCGAAGGUGGAGAAAAAUCAAGUCUUUUGUCUUCGCUUCCUGACCUGCCUCAUCUUCCAGCUGCAGCAGACGAGGCGCCUGCGGGCGCGCGAGUGGAAGCGGCGAAACAAAGGGAAGGCGAGAACACCCGAGAGAGACGCGAAACACAAAGGCGACGAGUGAGAGAAGGGCGGAGGCGGGAGACCAGACUCGGAGAAGCACACACACCGGCGAGGAGAGAUGGCACGCGUGGAAAGCGAGGGCAGGAUGCGUCCGGCGGGGAUGAGUUGUCUAGACACCCGGAUAGAGACGGCGGAGAUGCAGAAGGUGAACGGGGCAUCUGUCAAGGCGGAGAAAGAGGAUCAAAAGCAGACGAAAUGGUGAAGCGAGAGAAUGCUGAAGACCGACCAGAUGCGCGGGAGAGCAAGGAGAACGGUGGAGAGACGCCGGCUCGCGGCUUCUUCCGCGAGGAGGAGAAGCACAGCGAAGAGGUAAAGGAGGAAGGGACAAAAGAGACGGCAAACGAGGGGGGGCAGAACUGCAUGCAACAACUAUCUCGUGGCUCUCUUUCUUCGAACGUCUGUCAACGAGCCGAACGAGACAUCCCACCGUGGAGAGAACACAAGCGAAGGGCACCCCUCCUUCAGAUUCUUCGUGUCGAAAACCUCUCACACGAAAAUCUGCUUCACUUGCUCUCUCCGCAUACCAGUCCAAUCCGGCCAUCUUUCGUCUCCUCUUCUUCUGCCUCUUCUUCGUCAUCUGCUUCCUCUUCUUCCUUUUCUUCUUCUUCGGCCUCUGUGUCCCCAUUCUUUCAGUCCCCAGGAACUGUGUCACGUGAGGAGUUGCUCGGGGCCCCUGUUCUGUCUCCCUUCUUUGGAGAAGACAGAAAGCAGAAGAAUGAGAGAAGAAAGAGCGUUCCUCAUCUCGAAGCCAAGACACCCGGAAGGACAGAAACGACGCACACAAGGGAGGAAGAUCCACGCUCUGCGACGCCGGGAACCGAGAAGAGAAAUUGCGGGCUCUCGGUGAGCCAGCUUUCGCAAAAAGAGGACGAAGUGAGGGAACGGCGGAGUUCUGGAGUAGAGACAGCACCCAGCGCGCGAGCAGACGACAGACCUGGAGUGUAUGUACAGUCCAAGAUGGACUCCGUUGAACCUCCAGGCUCUGCACUUGCGUCUCCGGUCCUUCCAGACCGGGGCACGAGUUUCCGCUGCGCAAAAACAUACAUGCACAUGCGGUCGGAGACUCUCGAUUCUUCUGUAGGGUGUCCGUCCGCGUCAGAGGCUUUUGCCGACGAGCACCUGCCAUCCCCCGCCUUGGUAGGACCGCUGCCUUUCUCUUCGUGUCUUCUGUCACAUUCCUCUUCUUCCUCUGCUUCGCCGUGCGCUGCUGUAUCCUCUCCGCUUUCCUCUCUUUCUCAUCGUACCUCUCCCGCACCCGCGUACACAUCUUCGACCUUCUCAGGUUCAGAUUCUUCUUCCUCUCUCGCUGCCUGCUUGCAGCUUCAGGCUGCCUCACCCGUCUCUCCUCCGCCGUCUGUUUUCCGCUCUUCUCUCUCUGCGACUUCCUCUGCUGCGCCGGUUCUUCUUCCUCGUCAAGAGAAUCUGGCAGGCAAGUCAGAAGGCGCAAAAAAAGGAGACGAGGAAGGGCCCAGACAAGAUGGGGCGGAACUGAAGGAAGUAGGGGCGGAGGACAUCGGAGGCGAAACGGAGACGAAACGAGAGGAAGAAGACGACACAUGCGAAGACUACGUGAUUGUGGCAACUGAGGCCGAGGAGCCGCCUCACCUGUCGCGCUUCUACAUGUUUCCAAAAACAACUCCGGCGAACGCAAGGUCAACUGGGCCUUCCUCGGGAGGCCGUUUGAUUUCCUUUUCUUCGCAAAAGUUCGAGAGGCGCUCGACAGUGUCUCCUUUCAACCACGAGGGUGCGGGACAGGCCAGAGACACUGGCUUCUCCACCAGCUUCGCCUCGUUGGCUGAAAACCUCCGACGCUCGUGGGUCGCCUGUUGCCGCCGAGGCGCCUCGGAGGCGUCUCUGUCCAGCGGAUCUCUUUCUGCUUCGCUCUCGAAUGCGAAAGCUGUGAGUUGUCAGACUCGAGCGAGGUUGAAGGAGGGGAAGCCGACGCCGCUCCGCCCGCGGUGUGACGCCUCUUCGUCUUCUUCUUCCACUUCCGCUUUCUCUUCUUCCCCGACAUCUUCUUCCUCUUACGCUUCCGUUUCUUCAUCUACAUCUUUUUCGUCUCCCUCCUUCCCGUCCUCCGCAUGCGCGGGCUCGUCACCUUCUUCUGGUGUAGCACCUUCUGUCGCGUCCUCUUCCUCGUUGCUUGUUCCCCCGCUUCCGUCCUCUGCGUCCUCUUCGUGCCCAUCCAGCUCUUCCUCGUCACCGCUUGUUCCCUCGUAUUCCUCUUCUUCUCCCUCUUUCUGCUCCUCUUCCUCGUCCAGUUGUUCGUCUUCUCCCCUCUCUUUUCCUCGGCCUGCUGAUGCGCCUCCGGAACCGGAGGCUCUUCCUUCCUUCGCUGCCUCUUCAGACCAGGGGAAGGUGAGGUCGACGCCGGGCGCUUUCGCGGGAACCGACGAAGAGGCCUUUCUCUCGCUGCACGUGGAGAACCUCUGUCUGGUCGCCCAGGAUCUCUUCUGCCUCGCGCAGAGCCUCGCUCGAGCCGCUGCUGCCAAGAGAUGCAGAGAGCGGCGCCUCUUCUUGGAGACACAUCGGCGGGGGUCAGACGAGCCAGAGUCCGAGAGAUCACGGAGACGCCGCGGGGUCCAGAGCGAGACAGCUGAGGAAGCCCCCGAAGAAGAGAGGCAAGGAGACGGCCACGGAGACACCGAGGAAGACGGGGAAGAAGAAAGCAGGAAAGACGCCCAAGAAGGUGAGAAGGCGAACGAGACAGAGACGGAGAGGCUCACGAUGGGAGGCGCAGAGAAACAGUCAGGGAUGCAGUCGAAACGAGCGAGGAACAGCAAGAUGGCCGAAGAUGGAAAGGCGUUUCGAAGGGAAGAAGGGCAGAAGAAGAGAGAGGACAUGCCUCAGAGGGUGAACAAGUGCACCGCGGCGGAGGACCAGGAAAGGCGAGAAGGAGGCGAACUUCAGAACGAGACUUUCUCUGUGGAUGCACAAGUGAAAGGAGGAGAGAGCUCAGCAAGCCUCGCAUGCGGAGGCCUGGGUCUCUUGGUCCCUGCCUUGGCGCUGCUCCAGAAGGCCCUUGCAGUCACCCCCGACAGAAGACGAGAAGCUGCACUGCAACAGAGUUUCCGCGACGCCCUCUGCUUGGCGCGCUGGUGUUCGUAUACCGCACGAGCGAGUGCAUGCGCUGCAGAAGACUCCGAUCCAUGCGAGAGUCGGCUUCGUGGAGAGUGUUCGAAGGUGGACUGGGCGGGAAACCAGCUGGGGCCGUCAGAGUCGGAAGACGAGCGAGAAGGAUGUUUCUCUGCGCAGACAACGAACGGUCUCAGUUUCACAAAAACAAGGUUUUCUCUGUUUCCUCCUUCAUUUCCUCGGUCCCCGUCUGGGACGCGGAUUUGUCGCGCGCAGGCGCUACCUCGAACGGCUGUACAUACUGAUAGGUACCGCCUUUCUCCUUCUCUCUCGUCUGCGUUUCGUCCACGCCCGGGAGGCAACGAGAUUCCUGCCUCAUCGGAAGGCUCUGUUGCCGAGUUUGCGGCUCUGUCGAGAGACGAAGGAGCCGGCAAACUGCGUGCGGGGGAGUCUCAACCUGCCGUCUUCCCCUCUCCCUUCUCCUUUUCGUUUUUUCCUUCUUCACCGGCAGCCCGCGCCUGUCGAGCGUCUCUGAAGAGCAAGGCCCUGGCGUUCCCUCAGCCUGGCUCUCUGUCGACUUCUGCCUUCUCUCUGCUUUCCUCCUCGGGGUCCCUGACUUCUCUCACAGAGACGUCCGAUUCUGUGCAAGCGAAAAAAAACCGGAGAGCCUCGUUCUCUGCACUGGCUGCCUCUGCCUCAUCGCUUGCUCCCUUCGAGUCGGCGUUCUCUUCUUCCUUCACUUCACCUUCCCCUUCUUUGGCGUCACAUACGCCUUCUUCCUCUCCGUCUGUUGUUGCCGUUCCCCGUGGUACCUCACUCUUGUCUUCUUCCUCUUCUGCUUCAUCUGCAUCUUCUCCACUCGUUUCUUCCCUUCCUGGUGCUUCGCCCCCAAUGGAGCCGGCAGCGCGUCGCUCGUCGGCUGGCCAGGCGAGUGCAUGCAGCGCCUGUUUUUCUGUCGAGAAGAGAGCCUCGCUUCUCGCCGGCCUCUCUCCAGGAGGGGCACCAGCGGAGGAGACUCCGCGCGACAGCGAUGGCCGGAGCUGUCUAAACAGGCCACCCAGCGGCGCCCCGCGGGAGCAGGCGUUGCGUUUUCCGAAGGAACGCGACGAAGGAACUUCCAGUCAGACCCGGGCGUCGUCCGAGAAAGAAUGCGUGCGAAGGAAACACCCGAGUCGCGGAGAUGAGCACCUGGUCCUGAGCGAGCAGAGGCGAGGCGAGAAGGGAGACGAAGGAAGCAGAAGAGGAGAAACCGAAGAGCUCCAGGAAGGGAGGAGAGAACCAAGAAGGGGAGAUGCGAAGACAGAGCAAGGAGAAGAAGGAAGACGAGGAGAAGCGAGAGAAGAGAAAACAGUCUGGCGAGAAGAAAGAGAAGGCGAGUGCCAGUGCAUGUUUUGCUGGGAGGCGCGGCCUGUUUCCGACACGGUGGUAGAUUUUCUUUUUCCUUGUUUCAGCCCUGCCGCGGAUGUUCGAGGAUCGCUGACAGCGGAGAAAAAAACCUUCCUCGCUGAGCCUGAGAAGCCGACCUCUUCUUCAUCUUCCUUCGCGCCCGCUGCCUUCUCGCGCACUGCCUCCUCGCCGUCGCCUCUCUGGCCUCUCUCUUUCCCGGUCAAGCCUCUCGGUCCCCGCAUGCCUGCUCUCCACUGUCUCUCUCUGCUCGUCGCUCGCGUAAAACAUCUGCUCUCAGUGAACACGGAGCAACUCACUGAGGAACUCUUCUUUCUCGAUGAACGGGCUGUACAUACACACCAGCCACCAAGCCGUGUGCCUCUCUCUGCGCCCGCCGUCCACUUCUUUCCCGUUGCUUCUCCUUCGCUUUCUCCACCGCAUUGCCUUGGUCCUGCUGUCUCGUCUCUGUCUCCCUCUUCUGCUCUACCGUCUGCUUCUUCCUCUUCUCCUCUGCCUUCUGCGGUUCCUUCUUUUUCUUCCUGCGGUCCGUCUUCUUCUUUGGACUCUCCUCCCCUGUCUUCUGUGAAGCGUUCUGGGCUGUGUGCUGGAGUGACUUUUCGGGAGAACCUGGCAGGUUUGCUGCUUGACGUACUGCGCCUUCUUGCGCGGGAGGAGUCGCCGGAGGCACAGGCCAGCGUCCUCGUCCAAGUUCACCUCCUCUCCCGUGCGCUGACUCUUCAGCAGCGUCUGCAUGCGCGCGUACGUUCGCAGCUUCAAGAGGGAAGUCCUGGAUUGAAAAAGCAAUUGCCACGGCCUGACGACCCGGAGGCGUUCCCCUCAUUUUGGAUGGGAGUGUGAGAACUGAGCGCAGUGCCUCUUCCUCUGUUCUUCAGUGGAGCACAAGAGACAUCUAUGCGGCUACCUGCGCAUGCCCAAACAGCUGGACGAGGACCUCCGUGGUUCUUAUCUGUGCCCCUUCCUUGCGCAAGACUUUUCGCAAGAAAAACGUCCG